AUGCAAUUUACCACAGAAGUAAAUGGAGAUUUGUCAAAUGCAGCGCAACGCAAUCAUUGCAUCUAAAAGGUAAAAUUGUUUACGAUAUUAAUCUAAUUUAAAAAUUGAAUUUUGUUUUUAUAUCAACGUUUAAUAAUACUUGCUAUAAUUUAUACAAAUAUAUCAAUAAUAUAUAGAUUUACCAUACUAAUAAUUUACUUAAAAUUUCUGUUUACUAUUGAUACACCUAUAAUUGAAUUAAACUGCCACAUCACUUCUGAAACAAAUUAAUUCUAAAAGCUUAAUCUAUGUUUAAAAUAGUUUCAGUAUUUGAAAUGUAUAAUAUUUGACUCCAAUUCUAAUAUAGACAUUUACUUUAUUUCAUAAUAUUUAGUUCAUUUUUUUUGAGCAAUUAAAUAGAUGGAAUCAAAUAAGUAAGAAAACUGAUAAAAUAAGUAUAAUAUGUAUUAUUUAUUCUUAGAUGGACAAAUUGCGAUUACUGCCAUUGGAAUUGCCAUCAGCCACCAAUAUAAAUAAUAAUGGAGCAAUUAAAGGAAAGAUAUCAUUUGUUAGAAGAUUAGCAGUUGGAUUUGUAAUUUUGGCUACAUUAGGUUUACUAUAUGUACCAGCGUAUCAUUCUGCCCAAGGUCCAUUUUUAGGCUUAGGUGAGACUCCAUCUCCUGCAAAACACAUUGGUGUUUCACAUUUGGUAGCCUCAGUAGCACAAUUGCCAGGAUGGGCAUAUAAUACUUCAAGGGAUCUUUGUGUGUAUAUUCAUCCAGAAAAUACAACUUCAAUUUUAAAUCCUAAUGAUAUAUGUUCUCCAUCACCAUAUCUUUUCAUAGUUAUUUGUUCAGCUGUUACAAAUGUUAAGGCUCGGAUAGCUAUAAGAAAUACUUGGGCUAACAAAAAUAAUUUAAAUAAUACAUACAAUUCAACUGUGAAGGUAGCAUUUUUGUUGGGUCAAAGUGAUAAUGAUACACUUAAUAGCAUGAUAGCUGAAGAAAGCCAUCGACACAAUGAUAUUAUUCAAGAAAAAUUUUAUGAUACUUAUAACAAUUUAACAUUGAAGUCUGUAAUGAUGUUGAAAUGGGUAACAUCAAAUUGUGGCCAAGCAAAAUAUCUCAUGAAAACAGAUGAUGAUAUGUUUGUAAAUAUUCCUACUUUAAUGAGAACCUUACAAUCAAGAUCACAAACUACUAAUACAUUAUUAGGUUCUCUUAUCUGCAAUGCCAAACCUAUUUUAGAUCCAAAUAAUAAGUAUACACCAAAAUAUAUGUAUUCUGAAAGAAUAUAUCCUAAUUAUUUAUCUGGUACUGGAUAUGUAAUGAGUUUAGAUGUGGCAUUUAAAUUAUAUCAUGCAGCAUUAACAACACCAUUACUUCAUUUGGAAGAUGUUUACAUUACUGGUCUUUGUGCAAAGCAUGCAAAAGUACGACCUGUAAAUCAUUCUGGAUUUAGUUAUGUUCCACGUAAAUUGGAUCCUUGCACAUUACGAAAUGCUAUUACUGCACAUAAAGUGAAUGUGUCUAGUAUGUAUAUUAUAUGGAACAAAUUGAAUGAUACAAACCUCUCUUGCAGUAAUCAUUCUCAUAUUGCUAAGAAAUCAGUUACACUAAACAGAAAUGGUAGAAACAUUGGAUACUAUAUAGUGAAGAGAAGAACUAACAAGUGUGUUUAAAUUAAUUGAAACUUUUAAACAUUAGAUCUGUCUUUUAUUAUUGAUUUACUAUUUGUUAAAUCAAAAUAAUAUUAACUAUUCUGUUAUAAUAUUAUGAUAAAAUAUUAUCUUACAUUACAAAACAAAGUCGUACAAAAAUUAUUAAUGAAGAGACCUUUUCUUAAAACUAUGAUAAGAAAUUAGUAAUUCAUGUUUAAGUAAAGGUUUUUAUUUUUUCAUUUGAAUAACAAUAGUUUUUAUGAAAAAUACUGUCAAUUAGACUUGCUAUUUGAAUUAAUUUUCUUUUCCAUUUACAAAAAUCUAAAUAAUUAAAUUCUUAUUUGAUUUGUAAUUUAAAAUUUUAAUAUUUAUUUCAAAGUUUAAAUAAUUUUGCAAAUACAAUAUGUUUAUUUAAAUAUUUGAAAGGCUAA